AUGGCGCUCUUUGCUGUUCUGCUAGAAAUCUUCCAUGGGCAACGGAAUUUCGGUGUCCUCGGUCGUUCAGUUUUGAAAAUCGAGAAGUAUAUAUUAUUCCAGCCUAUUUCAAUGUGUUGCCUCACUAUUUUGUACCUUGAUCAGGAAAUGGCUGCACUGCAACCCUCAUUUUCACCAGCAAUGGCUUUGAAGAGUAGCUGCAGCGGCCUGAAGUUCCCGAAAACUGCACUGUUACCUGGUUUUGGUGGCAUUCCACGCCUUCAAGACGUGCAAGACAGGAACGCUGGCUUCGCUUGUUUCAUCCCCAAGGCUGCUUCAGCGACUGACCAUGAAAUCAUCCACGAGGAAUCUGGUCAUGUCCUCAAGGUUCCAUUCCGGAGAGUCCAUUUGACUGGAGAUCAGAAGCACUUUGAUACAUAUGACACCAGUGGUCCUCAAAAUAUAAGCCCAAGGAUUGGACUCCCAAAGAUAAGGAAGGAAUGGAUUGAUAGGAGGGAAAAGCUGGGUAGUCCUCGGUACACACAAAUGUAUUAUGCCAAACAGGGAAUCAUAACAGAGGAGAUGUUAUACUGUGCCAGCCGUGAGAACCUUAGUCCUGAAUUUGUUCGGACAGAAGUUGCCCGUGGACGAGCCAUAAUUCCUUCCAACAAGAGGCACCUGGAAUUGGAACCCAUGAUAGUUGGAAGAAACUUCCUUGUAAAGGUGAAUGCAAAUAUUGGGAAUUCAGCUGUUGUGAGCUCCAUUGAGGAGGAAGUUCACAAGCUCCAGUGGGCCACAAUGUGGGGAGCUGAUACUGUCAUGGACCUUUCAACAGGGCGUCAUAUCCAUGAGACCCGGGAAUGGAUUAUUCGCAACUCUCCGGUUCCUAUUGGGACUGUUCCUAUUUACCAAGCACUUGAGAAAGUAAAUGGCAUUGCUGAAAACCUGAGCUGGGAGAUCUUUAGGGAUACCUUGAUUGAACAAGCUGAGCAGGGUGUUGAUUACUUCACAAUCCAUGCUGGUGUCCUGCUUCGUUACAUUCCUCUUACAGCAAAGAGAAUGACGGGCAUAGUUUCACGUGGUGGCUCAAUUCAUGCAAAAUGGUGCUUAACUUAUCACAGGGAGAACUUUGCAUAUGAACAUUGGGAUGACAUUCUUGACAUAUGCAAUCAGUAUGAUGUGGCAUUAUCAAUUGGUGAUGGUUUGAGGCCUGGUUCCAUUUAUGAUGCGAAUGAUAGUGCACAGUUUGCAGAACUGCUGACUCAAGGUGAACUAACACGUCGAGCAUGGGCAAAAGAUGUGCAGGUGAUGAACGAAGGCCCAGGUCACAUCCCAAUGCAUAAAAUUCCUGAAAACAUGGAGAAACAGCUGGAGUGGUGUAAUGAAGCGCCUUUCUAUACAUUGGGUCCUUUGACAACUGAUAUUGCACCUGGUUAUGAUCACAUCACCUCAGCCAUUGGUGCUGCCAACAUUGGAGCUCUUGGCACUGCGCUUCUUUGCUAUGUAACACCAAAGGAGCACCUUGGGUUGCCUAAUCGUGAUGAUGUCAAGACUGGUGUAAUAUCCUACAAAAUUUCUGCUCAUGCUGCUGAUUUGGCAAAGGGUCAUCCCUAUGCACAAGCUUGGGAUGAUGCACUUAGCAAGGCAAGGUUUGAGUUUAGAUGGCUUGACCAAUUUGCUUUAUCUCUGGAUCCGGUAACUGCUAUGGCUUUCCAUGAUGAAACAUUGCCUUCUGAGGGUGCCAAAGUGGCACAUUUCUGCUCAAUGUGUGGGCCCAAGUUUUGUUCAAUGAAAAUCACGGAGGAUAUCAGGAAGUAUGCUGAUGAAAAUGGUUAUGGAACAGUAGAGGAAGCUGUGAUACAAGGAAUGAAUGCUAUGAGUGCUGAAUUUUUGGCUGCAAGGAAAACAAUUAGUGGGGAACAACAUGGUGAAGCAGGAGGGGAGAUCUAUGUACCAGAAAGCUAUGCAACUCAGAAAUAA